CGGUCCGGUCCGGUUAAAAGGGUCGGAGUGGGCCUGGGAACCCAUCUCUCGGGUGGAGUCUUCAGACAGCUUGUUCGGCGGGUCGCAGGAAUCCUCUCUUCACUUCAGUCAUGGCCUGUGGUCUGGUCGCCAGCAACCUGAAUCUCAAACCUGGGGAGUGCCUCAGAGUCCGGGGCGAGGUGGCCCCCGAAGCCAAGAGCUUUGUGCUGAACCUGGGGAAAGACAGCAGCAACCUGUGCCUGCACUUCAACCCCCGCUUCAACGCCCACGGGGACUCCAACACCAUUGUGUGCAACAGCAAGGACGGUGGAGCCUGGGGGACCGAACACAGGGAGCCUGCCUUCCCCUUCCAGCCUGGGAGCGUCGUGGAGGUCUGCAUCACCUUUGACCAGGCUGACCUGACCAUCAAGCUGCCGGAUGGGCACGAGUUCAAGUUCCCCAACCGCCUCGGCCUGGAGGCCAUCAACUACAUGGCUGCCGAUGGCGACUUCAAGAUCAAGUGUGUGGCCUUCGAAUAAAGCCAGCCAUCCCAUAGCCCUCAAUAAAGGCAGCUGCCUCUGCUCCCCUUAACCCCG